UAGAACAAGAGGAAAACAAGGGGGGUGCGGGGAAGCCAAAUCUCGGACAGCGACGAGCCGAGGGACGCAGCUUCCACGACCGAUCAGUAGCCACCACUUUCUCCUCGAUCUGCUCUUCCCUUCCUCGGUUCGUCGCCCUGGGAAAAAUCGGUGAACCAUCUUCUCGAUGGUCGUGCGGAUCCGACGCUCGGCCGCCACCGCGGUCCUGCCCCUUCUUUUCUUCCACCUGCUCUCCGCCUUCCACCGGCCGGUCUUCUCCGCCCAGGACAGCCAAACAGGUGAUGCUCUAGACUUAUUGAAAAGAGCCUCUGAAAUGAUAAAAGUGAAGCGACACCACGAUGCAGUUGGACUUUUAAAUGCUGCUAUAGAAGCAGAUCCAAAUCUAUCAGAGGCCUACCAGCAGCGUGCUACUGCUUUUCUUCACCUAUGUAGGUUUGAGGACUCUGGGAAGGACUACAAAAAAUUCCUGGAGCUAAAGCCUGGAACUUCUUCAGUUGAGAAGGAUCUUUCUAAGUCAUUGCAGGCCCAAGAUGCACUGAAUUCUGCAUAUAGUCAUUUUGACUCCGGUGACCAUUCAAAAGCACUGGACUACAUUAAUAAAAUUGUCCUUGUCUAUUCGUCAGGCUGCUUGGAGGCAAAAAUUCUCAAGGUGAAACUACUGUUGGCUCUGAAAGAUUACUCUAGUGUAAUUUCAGAAAGUGGGUUUAUACUAAAAGAAGAUGAAGAUAACUUGGAGGCACUCCUAGUACGUGGUCGGGCAUAUUAUUAUCUCUCCGAUCAUGAUGUUGCAUUGAGGCACUAUCAGAAAGGGCUGCGUCUAGACCCAGAGCAUAGUGAUCUGAAGAAAGCAUAUUUUGGAUUAAAAAAUCUGCUAAAGAAGACAAAAAGUGCAGAAGACAAUGCUGCUAAGGGAAAGUUACGUGUGGCUGUUGAGGACUUCAAGGCUGCCCUUGCAUUGGACCCCAAUCACACAGCACAUAACGUGCACCUUCACCUUGGAUUGUGCAAGGUUUUGGUUAAACUUGGGAGAGGAAAAGAUGCUAUUGAUAGUUGCACAGAAGUGCUCAACAUUGAUGAAGAGCUUGUUGAGGCCUUGGUCCAGCGAGGUGAAGCUAAACUUCUAACAGAAGAUUGGGAUGGAGCAGUGGAGGACUUGAAAAUAGCUGCUCAAAAGUCUCCACAGGACAUGAAUAUUCGAGAAGCACUGAUGAGGGCUGAAAAAUCAUUGAAAUUAAGCAAACGCAAGGACUGGUACAAGAUCCUUGGUGUUUCAAAAACUGCUUCUGUUGCAGAGAUAAAGCGUGCAUACAAGAAGCUUGCUUUACAGUGGCAUCCAGAUAAGAAUGUUGAUAACCGUGAGGAAGCUGAGGCCAAGUUUCAGGAAAUUGCUGCUGCCUAUGAGGUGCUUGGUGAUGAAGAGAAACGUGUAAGAUAUGACAGAGGCGAGGAUCUUGAUGAGGGUACGGGGAUGGGAGGUGGAGGCUUUAACCCUUUUGGCGGCGGACAACAAUUCACUUUUCACUUUGAUGGUGGAUUUCCAGGUGGUGGAUUCCCAGGAGGGUUCGGAUUCUAACUUCUGAUGACACUCAACCGUUCCCAAACUUCUUCCCUAUGAUCAAUGCUUACUCACUGACAGAAGUGCUUUAGGAACACGGAAAUUAAGCAACCAAAGUAACUCAGAAUAUGUUCUUGAUAGACCCCAAAAUUACUAGGGGAAGCUCAUAAGCAACAAGACGAGUGAUGCAACAUCUAUUGGAAGACUUGCAGUGAGCAUCCCUGUCACUAGAACACCAGCAUUGAUUCUUUUUUUGUUGUGAAGAAGACCUUGUCAUCGAUUAAAAAAAAAUUCAGGUUCUUCUAAAUAAAUGCUGAUGGUUACAGAAUUUUCCCCUAAAAUUAUGCACUUGUAGCUGUUCCAGAUGCAGAAAGUGCAAGAAAAGCUUUACUCUUCCUUUUAA